CGAAUGGAUAAGGACGGGGAGAAGAAGGGCGGCGGCGAGAAGAAGGGUGGCGGCGGGCAGGGCGGAACCGGUCUGGGAGGCGCAGCCGGUGUUAACGAUCCGGCCGCGCUGCUAGAUGCCGCCUCACUAUUCGCAUACUGGGGACGAGAUCCGUCCGCCAUGGCGGCGGCGGCCUCGAACCCACUGUUCGGCUCCCAGUUCGGUAUGCCCGGCGGGCUCGGUGGGCUGAUGCCGAACGCCGGUUCCGGUUCCGGCAGUGGCAACGAUCGAUUCUCCAUGUCCCACCACAACCAAAACACGAUGGCCGUGGCUGCGUCCCAGGCCGCCUCAUUGGCCGGUUUGCACAAUAGUUGGUGGUCGAUGGCACAGCUGGCGGCACAGGAUUACUUCGCCCGGCUGCAAGCUUCCGGCAUGUCGCAGCUUCCCUUCUCGCAUGAUCUGGCCGGUGCGUUCCCGAGCGGGUUGGGCCUGGGCGCAAUGAGUGCGGCCGCCGCUGCCGCCAUCGCCGGGUCCGGUGGCAACACAUCGGCUGGCGGGGCGGGUGGCGGAGUUGGCGGUGGAGGCACCGGCGGUAGUGGGUCCGGUGGUGGCUCGGGCAAGGGCGGUUCGGGCGGUGGAAAGGGCAAAAAGCGUGACCGAAGUAGUAACAGCAACAGCAGCAAUGCCAGUUCCGGUGGAGGAGCGGGUGGUUCGGCUGGUGGUAUGGCGGGUGGUUUAGGUGCCGGCGGCAUGGGUGGCGGUAUGGGAGGCAAUAACAAUUCUUCAUACAAGAACUCUCCAUCCCCAUCCGCUUCGCAGGCUGCCGCUGCCGCUGCUUACAAGCAGUCGCUCUACAGCCAAGCGACCCUGCACAAGGAGCUAAUGGCCAUUACGGCGGCUGCGGCUGCGGCCCAAAAUCAACAGCAUUCCGGUGGUGGAGGCGGUGGCUCCAGCAGUCAGCAGUCCCAACAGCAACAGCAGCAGCAACAGCAGCAGCUGCAGCAACAGCAGCUUCAGCAACAUCAGCAGCAUCAGCUCGCCAGCCUCGGUAUGCUGGCCGGGCUCGGUGCGGGCAGCAGCGGUAGCUCAAGCUCCAAGCAAAAAUCGUCCUCCAACAGUGGAUCGUCCGGUGGUGGCGGUUCGUCCUCGUUAGCCUCCUCGUCGCCGCACGGUGCGAGCCGGCUGAUUGGGAACGAUUCGAUAUCGAUCACGCGCGGUUCCAGUUCGCCGUCGAUGAGCUCCAGCAAACAGCAGCCAACGCCCAGCGUUACCAUCAGUGCCAGCCACGGGAAUCCCGGUGCCUCGUCGUCCUCCUCGUCCUCCGCCUCGCAGCAAAACCACCUCCAGAACCUGUCGUCCUCGUCGUCCCGCUCGUCGAAGGACGUUGGCGGGAAGGGUGGCAGCAGCAGCGCGAACAGCAGCGGUGGACCGAGUGCGGCCGAUUUGGGUUUGAGCGCGUCCAUGAACGCCCUGAGCACACUGUCGCAGUUUAACAAUCUCGACCUGACGACGCAGCAGAACAUGACGGCAACGAUGAAUGCACUGGCAGCGAGCCAGGCCAAAGCGAAGGACUACAUCUCCUCCGGGAUACUGAAUGAUCCUUCCUCGUUGCUUGGCGUACGGCUGCCACCGGACACGGAGAUCAUCAAGUACACCUCAUCCAUCGUGGGGCCCAAGGUACCGGGCACGACCGGCCGUGGACGUAAGAAAACCAUUUCGUUAGAAGACAAUUCCAUUUUUGCUCAAAUGCAUGGUUUAAGUGCAGCCAAGCGCCAGCGACUGGAACCGAACGAGUAUGGCAGCGGAACCAGCGGCAGCGGUGGUGGCAGUGGUGGAUCGCAUCUCGGGACGGGCGGUACGGGCGGUGGAUCCGGGCUGCUUCCCCCUGGCCUUUCACACCAUCAUCAUCAGCACGGGAGCAAUGGUGGCAUCGGUGGGCUAGGGCCAGGAGCAACUGGCGCCGGUGGUGGAUCGAACGAUCGGAUCGAGGUCAUCAAACUGCCACCGACGAUCACAUCGAACGGGGUGUACAGUGCCGGUAAGGGCGCGGGUAAGGAUACCAUGGCCGAUCAUAUGAACGAAUGGUCCGGACUUAAUCUCAGUGCGAAAGGCUCGGGUGGUUCAUCCUCGGCGGCAGCCACAAUUGUGUCCUCGUUGACGGUAGCAGCUGGGAUGAAUAGCAGCGGUAGCAACAAUCAAUCCUCUGGAAUGCUUGAACAGGACGACGCACCGUUAAAUCUUUCGAUGAAACCGUCAAAGUCGUGCAACGAAGGCAUGCGGAGCGAUUCCACUCACUCUGCAUCGUCAUCAUCGCCCGCUAUGUCCGGUGCCAGUGGGAAUAGUUUGCAAAGCUUAAGCACAAUCACUGCGGCACUCGGUGGAGGAUCCGGUAAUGCGAACGAUUCUGCCCGAUCACGUCGAAAGUCCGAUAAUAAAAACAGGCGUAAUGCGGCGGCUGCAGCUGCGGCAGCGGCGGCCGCUGCUGCUGCCGCACUCGGUGCCGGUUCCCUCGGCCUGGACGGAAGCGUCAACAUGAGCCUGGCGUCGGCUGCGGCCGCGUACGCCGCAGCAUCGCCGGUCUCGACCAGUACGGGCUUUUGCACCGGUACGAACAGCACCAGCACGCUUAACUCCCUGCUGAUGGCAUCGGUUGGGACCGGUUCCGGUACCAAUACCAUCACCACCACCUCGAACACCACUACCAGCGGCGGCAGCAGCAGUAGCGGCGGCGGCGGCAGCAACAGCGGCAUCGUCGGCGGUGCUUCGUCUACGGCCACGGCUGCUGCUGCCAAUGCCGCCGCCAACCAUCAGCUGAUGGCGGCCCAGCUUGGCUUCAACAGUUCGCUGUCCGAGCUUUUGAAAAUCUCCAAUUACGAGGAGUACGAUUACGCAUCACUCGGCGGAUCUCAAUUCAAGGAAGGUCGCCCACGCAACCUGGGCCGUGGUGUGUCGAAGCCGAAGAAGAAUACCGUUGCUUCGCUGUUAGCGCAAAGCCGUGCGGUCGGAUCUAAACCACUGACUGCACAGCAGCUUUUAACGCAGGACGCAGAGAUUGAAAAACUGCGACAAGCCAUGCUGGAAGCGAGUCGGAACCAAUCAAUGGACAAUAGUACCUCGAACACCAACACCGACACCGAAAGCAUCUCCGAGAGCGGUAUGUCCGAAUCGGAGGGCGAGGAGCACAUAAAUUUGAAGGAGUUGCGCGUACCGUUGGAGAAGGGUUGGAGGCGGGAAACGAUGAUCCGUGGGCUUACCAAAAACGGACACAUUAAGGGAGACGUGUAUUACUACCCACCGCAGAGCGUGAACAAGAUGAAGGGCAUGAAUCAAAUUCAGCUGUAUUUAGAUCAAUUUAAGCCGAAGGAUCUGAGUCGUGAUAAUUUUAGCUUCUCUGCAAAGGCCGUCGUUGGCACGUUCCUUCAACUUGCUCCUCCACCAUAUGCAACCGACGGUGAGUUCAUCAAGAUGACCGAUGUUGAGGUUAGCCGGCGGCUGGAGGAACUGAAAAUGUUCACCCGGCAUGCCGGUCUGGGCGUGGAGCAACGGAUAGAAAUCGCUAAGCAGCAGCAGGCACUACGGGACGCUAAGAAGCUAGCGAAAGAAGAAAUGAACAAAAAUAAGGAAAAGGCUCGGCAAGCAAAGGAAGCAGAACGUAACGAACGUUUGGAGCAGCAGCGCAAAGAGCGUGAACUGAAAAACCAACAGGCAUUGGAGGCGAAGAAGAAGCGUGAGGAGGAACUCGCCCGACAAAAGGCCGAAGAAGCGGCACGAAAGGCACAGGAAAAAGAACAGAAACGACAGCAGGCAAUACUGCAAAAGGAACAGGAACUUGCCAAGCAGAAGGAGUUAAUGUAUGCAAUGGAAAUGGAACGUGAAAGACGAAGGCAACACAUGGCUCUGAUAAAGCAACUGGAACUGCGUCGCAAAUUUGAAGAGAAGGAAAAGAAGAAACACCAGGUCAUAUUGGAUAAGCUUAUACAGCGCGAAAAGAAAUUGGUGAUGAGAAAGCGGGACACAAACAUUCUAGCCGAACUGAGAAAACCUCAGGAAGAUUCGGAGAUAGUGGAUCAAACGGUGCUACCUGCCUUUUCACGAAUUCCUGGACUGAAGCUGACUGGCACUGGGUACGCCGAUCUGCUGAUGGUGUUCGAAUUUCUGCACAACUUUGGCGAAACGCUUGGUUUCGAUAUGGAGUCACUGCCGAACCUGCAAUCGUUGCAUCUCGCACUUACAUCGGAGAAUGCGAUCGAUGCGGAAGAGGAACUGUUGUCCGUCAUGACACAUUUGCUCGUGUGUGCGAUUGAAGAUCCGGGCAUCCCGAAUCCGGGGCGUCAUACGACACUGCUCGGGCAAACACUUCGCCAGGCAGAUAUUACGCACACGAACGUAUCGGAAAUUCUGCGCAUCUAUCUGUACGCGGUAGCUACGGGAGAGGUGAAGCUACAGUCCGGUAUCAAUCUUGAGCGCGACCGUGACGCACCGUCCAAGCAUCAUCUAGUCAAUGACGAGGAUUUCAAGAUGUGUAGCACGAAAAACUCGCAGUUUUAUGAGUUGCUGGCCGAGAACGCGCGUUACAAGCUAUCCGAGCUGUUGAAGGAUAAACCGUUCGUAGCGCUCAAUCCGACCACCAAGACGGAAAUUCUCGCCAUGCUCUGCAACGAUCUGCUACUGAACAAAGCGGUAUGCAAACAGAUCGACAGCAGCCUUGAGUCACAGGCGCAACUGAAAAAGGAACGGUACCUGUUGGACAACAAAAUCCGAAAGUACAAGAUGUUGGUAGCGCGAAAGCAACGGCUGGAGCAGUAUGAAAAGGCUCAACAAGCGGCACUGGAAAAAUCACUGUCAAUGAAAGCGGCGGAAGAGGCAAAGCGGGCGGAAGAGGCAGCAGCAAUGGCAGCGGCAGCAGCAGCGGCGGCAGCUUCGGCUGCAUCGGAAGUGAUCACGAUUCCGGAGGAUGGAGUCGCCGAAACGGAGACUGAGACAAAGCACCCCGGCGCCGAUGGUGCAUCAGAUGACGGUGCAUGUGAAGUGGUUGAGAAUGGUACGAAGGAAACAGUUCCAUGUGCCGAUGGGGAAGAAUUAGAUUCCGUUCCACCAUCAGAAGGCGGAUGUCAGCCGGGAGAGUUGGAGGAAGGUGAAAUUGUGAACAAGAAAGAUUUCGGUGCGGAAGCACAUAAGACUGACGAUGAGGAUGACGAUGAUGACAAUGAUGUUGUCGAAAUCGUACCAAUGCCCGUGACUUGUACAGUAACAGAGGAUUCCUGUCCAAACACUAUUCCGCCGUCGUCGGAAGGGAAUGGAGAUGGCACUGAACAGGCUAAGUUGGACACUGCAGCGCUAACCGAAUCGAGUGAACAAAUGGAUACAUCCUCGGUGGAACCGACAGAAGUGCCAAGUUCUCACGAUCAAAAUCACACGGAAGCGAUGAAUGGUAUUGAAACGCCUACGCCCGUUGAUGACGGCGGUACCAACCGUAUCGAAGGGAACGGUCCUACCGUUCGAAUACCGGAGAAUAACAACGUACACAAUGCAUUGCCGAUGACGGAGGAACAUCACGCACCGCCCGUCACUCCUCCACCUCCCCCACCGUCAGCACCAUCGCAUCCGGUUGUGCAUGCUGCUAUGCAGCAUAACAAAGCAUUGAUGCAGCUCGAACCAGGAGAAAUACCUCCACCCGGUAUGGAUAUAUCGGCACUAGGCACACGUCACGCCGCUUGCACCGAAAUACCGACAAUAUCUGUUUCUUCAACACCGGAGGAAAGUCCAGUUAAGGCAGGAGAUAUUAGUGCUGACACUCCCAACGGUGGUGUAUUUAACAUGCCUGGAAAACCAGUAGGUGUGGCCACUGAAAUGACGAACGGUGAGCAGCAACAACUGCAACCCCCGCAAGUGCAUCACAAUCAAACGAAUAAUUCAUCAGCAGAGUUAGAUUUGCUAUCUAAAUCGAUCAUUAACGAUCAUGCCACUUGCGGCACGGACGAGGACAACAGCGAUCUGGAGAGCGAAGGCACGCAGCUAGAAGAAGACGAAGAUGCACAUCUAACAGCCGAAGAGGCGCAGCGGAAAUAUGACAAAAUUUUGGAAACGUCCUUCCAAAACAAGCAACAGCUAGAGAACGCUCUAAACCAGCUAAGGGUGAAAUGUUUCGGACAGGACCGGUACUGGCGUCGCUACUGGAAUCUGGGUAAAUGUGGUGGUAUUUACGUGGAAGCAAUGGAAUCUACCCAACCCGAGAUGUAUCGGUAUGAAAAUGCACUCGAGGAGGUACAGAGCCGACCGGACUAUGUGCCGAAGUAUGCACCAGCUAUCAAACCUGAGAGUGUUGUGAAACCAGACCCAACAGUGGAUGUAAACUGCAAGAAAGAGGAAGGAGAAGUUGAUGCGAUUAAAGCAGAGGGUGUCUCGCAGGACGUGAAACCAGAACAAGAACCUGUGACGACGGACCGUAAGCGUAAGCGAUGUUCAUCGGUUUCUCUGAAAAAGAUGAAGAAAAAGAAAAAGAAACAACGUACAACUUCCGAAGGAGGUGGAUCGUUUGGUCAAGGUGGUGCUGCGAGUAGUUAUGCUGAUGGUAACGAUGAAGAGGAUGACGGAGACGAUGAGGAUGAGGGAGGAGCAGAUGACGAGGACGAUUGCUCGCGAACAAGCUUUGGCAAUGGGCCAGCGUUGGAAGAUGGACGGACCGCAGAUUCGCAGUCGGAUGAUUGCAAAAUUAUCGAUGAACCGGAAGUGCUGUUGAAAGAGGGCGUUACCGCUGGUAAUAUGCCGUCCGCUAUCCGGGAAGGUGAUGGAGAUGAUCAUAUCAGAGCAUCAAGCGAGAGAAAUAAUGCUUCAAAUGGUACCGCAGAGUCUAUGCACGAAGAAGGCGUCGAUCAGCAUUCGGGAAAGAACGAGCAGACCGUACGGGAAGCCCAUCAGGAGAACCACAAACCGAUGGAGGAGAGUCAUACGCCAGAAGCCUCGAGUCACGUCGCGGAUGCUGCACCACCGAAGAAAUCCGACGAUCAGCUGAUGGACAUUGAAGAUUCCAUUCCGACGGCGAUCCUUGUACAGAAGGGCAAUGAUCAUGAUGAAACGAAAACGGUCGAAGUGAACAAUCAGAUUGGUGGGGUGAAUGUGUCUCCGCACCAACCUUCAUCGGCCUCAGCUGCACCAACGGCCAGUCACGAAGAUGACGAUGAUUUGACGGUGGUGCAGGACGAAACGCCCACGAUCACUAUCCCCGAUGAUGACACGGAGAGUGGCGACCGUAUGACAGCGGCACCCGAAGGUGUUGAGCAUGGUGGUCGGGCAGAGAACGAUAAAGGAUCGACGAUGAUCGAUAGCAUGAACUGUGAUAUGAAGCCAAAAUUGAUGGAAAACGGAGUGGAGCUGCGGGAUCCGGGUGAGCUGGUUGAGUGUCAGCUGCAGGAGGUGGACGACGAUGAGGAGAUAAUUACCGGAGGUCGUGGAAAUAACGCCAGAACUGGUGACAGCAGUGCGGGCGAUUGCAAACCAACGAUCACAGUGGGCGAUAAUGGUGGGGUAGAUCGUAAGCCGAGGACAACGACAACCACCUCAGUGAUUUCGUACGGUAGCGACGUUGAGAUGAUCGAAAUAAAGGAGGAAGAAAGUAGUUGUGUUCCGCGUGCUCCGAUCACACCCGGCAGCUACCUGUAUCUGCGCAAUACGGACACCAAGCAGGAGAAAGAGUUCAGCGAUCAGCUGCUGAAUCGAUGGUUCUCGAUCGUCGACAAGGAACUGCCACUGUCCAGUACGGAGUGUUCGCUGCCGACAAUCAACGGCAAUACGCCCGCAUCUUUGGCACGGCAAAUUUUCACCAACAUCACCUGCCGAGAGAUCUGCCAAAUUCAGGGCAAUCGAUGGGACAUCGGUAACAACAUCCAGUUUUUCAGUGUGCCACUAGAGAAGGGAGUGGAGAUUCACUUCCCUAACGAGUCGAUCCUGUCGAUGUCCGGACUGGACGAUGAUGAGAUCAAUGAGGUGAUCGCAAAGAAGAGUCGACCGGAACCGCUGCAGCUGUCCGACAUGAAGCCGGCGUUCAAGCGCGAAACCAUCGAGUACUCGUACAGCCACCAUCAUCCGAACCAGAUCAGGCUGCGGGCGGAAAUGCUUGCCGAGGAGACGGCAGACCCGGAAGAGUAUGGUAACUUUUCCCUUCCGGCGUACAUGACGCUAACACUAUCGAACCUGACCGCGUACGUACAGUGUGAUCAGUUCCAGCCACUGCAGAUGACGCCGGAAGAGGAGAAGCAGCUGGAGGACGUGAAGUUGCACGGUGCACCGCAGAAAACCGAACCGCAGGUUGUGCCACGCGAGUUUCGCUACGGUUGGUGGAAGAUCAAUGACAUCGAGGAGCUAAACGAGCUGAUCAAGUCACUGAAUCCGCGCGGCGUUCGGGAGCGCUUGUUGCGGCAGAGUCUGCUGGAAUCGCUGGCAGAAAGUGUGAAUCUCACGACGCCUCAUCAUGUGUCGCACCCGAGAGCGGCACCACCGGCGAACGGUUACAUCGAACCGGAAGCUUGGAACGCUUGGAAUCCGUCCAUCGCGCGGCGUGUUGAAGUGGCGCUGCUUGAUCAGAUCGAAGCGAUGGAGGACAAGGUGGCGAGCGCAUCGAUGCAGGUGAAGGGUUGGCAGAUGCCGCAACGCGAAGGUGACAGCGAGAAUGGUGUGGUGGAGGAUGUAACGAUUGAGAUGCUGCGCGAACGUAUCCUCGGUCUCGAAGCGGCCAUUGAACGACGCUACCUCAAGCCACCGCUGGGAAUCAACACCACCGAGGCGCAAAUGGCGGUCAUUGCGCAACAGGAGGCGCAUCACAACCAGAAUAACUCGAACGUAUCGAAUCUGUCCAACUGCUCCAACAGUUCCGCCGAGGAUGAGAAUCUCCCGAAAGGUCUGCUAUCAUGGCGCGACGCAGUAGAACGUUCCGUCACUACCGCACAACUAUCGAUGGCACUGUACGUGUUGGAAUCGUGCGUCGCCUGGGACAAGAGCAUCAUGAAAGCGCAAUGCACGAAGGGUGGAAAGAAUGGAAGCAAGAAAACGGCAGGCAACAAGUCAAGUAGAAAGAAGAACGGUGCAGUCGCGAACGCAAACCCGCACGGUUCACCGGCCAGUAAGAAGGGCACUGCUUCUAAUAACAAUACUACCACUACUAACAUCUCGGGAUCCACCUGGGAAACGUCAACGACACCGGGGGCAACGGCGGCAACUGGGACAGCGACGAUGAACACCGGCAACAACACCACGGCCAAUGGCAAAUCGAAGAAAAAAGCUCUCUCGAAAUCCAAAUUGUCUUCCCUUCUAUUGCAGAAUUGUCAGUUCUGUCAAUCGGGAGAAUCCGAGGAUAAGCUGCUACUGUGCGACGGGUGCGAUCGUGGCUAUCACACCUACUGCUUUAAGCCACGCAUGGACAAAAUUCCGGACGGUGACUGGUAUUGUUUUGAAUGCAAAAACAAAGCUACUGGUGAUAGGAAAUGUAUUGUUUGUGGAGGGCUACGGCCACCACCACUAGGCAAAAUGGUUUACUGUGAGUUAUGCCCACGGGCCUAUCACCAGGACUGUUACAUACCGCCAAUGCUGAAGUAUCCGCGAGGUAAAUGGUACUGCCAGAACUGUGUCGCUAAGGCGCCGCCAAAGAAGAAACCGCAGCGUAAACCUAAGGAACGCACCACCAACAACAGCUCCCAGUCGCUGCUAAACAGCUCGCUGAACAGCUCGCAGAACCAGUCGUUGAACUCGUCCCACGAGGAUAUCGCAACGACCCCGUUAAGUCCAGCACAUUCAAUAGCGUCCACGAGUCAUGAAGAAUCGUCGGCGCCACAACAUCUACAGCCACCGCAUAACAGUGCCGUUGUCGGUCAGAUGCCGGGCGUAGUACCGGCCACGGCAACAGCUACCGCAUCAACAUCGGCUUACCACCAUCAUCAACAGCAGCAGCAAGUACAACAACCGCAACCACAUCCACAACAGUACGGCGCACAAAGUGGUAUGGAUGAGAAUAAUUAUGCCAUGUGUCAUCCUCCCGUACCGAUUGACACCAUGACGGCGGUGUAUGGUGGUCAGCAACAGCAGCAACAGCAAUACUAUCAGCAAUUUUAUCAACAACAGCCUUCAUCUUCGGUUACAUCGUCGUCAGUUCCGCCGCCACAUCAGCCGCAACAGCCAUACUAUCCAACGCCGACCGAAAGUGAUACACCGAACAAUAGUAGUGCCCUGGAAGAGGAACAAACGAGUUAUGCUGCUGCGAGUGAAUCAACUCAAAGCGAAAGCUAUUCCAAUGCGCAAGAUGUUUCGCAUGAGCAAAACGAACUACCAGAAGAAUCGAUCGAACCAUCACCCCCGAAACAGAUUGAGGCUACGGGAUCACCUACGGCCGCCUGUAGUAGCAGUGGGGAAUUUUAUUCACCCUCCAGCAACGCCAUGAAUGCGUGCUCCUCGGCCAGCUACCUUGAUAGCGAACGUGCCCUGCCAGUGGGUAACGAUGGUGACGGCAGCUGCGGUGGUGACUCAUCCGAGGAGUAUCAACCGCGACCGUCUCCGGUGAAGGAAUCAUUGAGUAUGGCCAGCUGUAGCAGCAGCAACAGCAGUACUAGCGAUCACCAGCGAAAGGAACGCUCGAAGGAGCGUGACGAAGCGAAGGAGCGCGCCAAACAGGAGAAGAAAGCGACGAAACGACUGCUGAAGGAGUUAGCCGUUUGCAAAACCAUCCUGGAGGAAAUGGAGCUUCACGAAGAUUCGUGGCCAUUUUUGUUGCCGGUUAACACGAAACAGUUUCCGACGUAUCGUAAGGUCAUCAAGAGUCCGAUGGAUCUUUCGACGAUUAAGAAACGCCUCCAGGAUUUAGUGUAUAAAUCACGCGAAGACUUUAUUGCAGACGUGCGGCAAAUAUUCGACAACUGUGAAGUUUUCAAUGAAGAUGACUCACCUGUCGGCAUUGCUGGGCACGGUAUGCGCAAGUUCUUCGAGCAACGAUGGGCUGAUUUGACGGACAAGCACUCCUGA